AUGUAUUUUGAGAGCAUGGGUUCUGACGGCUUCGAUUCUGACGGCUUCGGUUCUGACAGCACGGAUUCCGACAACAUGUUACCACGACUUGGGCCAAGCGGCCCACCGAGGUGCGCUGUCUGCUUCAAAAAGUCCGGAUUACUUCUUUGCGGUGGCUGCAAGGUGAUCCAUUACUGUGGCACUGAACACCAGGCAUUCCACCGAUCGAAGCAUAAACACGAAAGGUCCAAACUUCAAGCCCGAACCGACCUGGCAUUUGAAGCCCAGUCCAGCUCAGGAGAUGUCUUUCAGACCCGCGUGGGAUACUUUUGGGGCAUCGUUGAGACUCGGGACUAUAUGAGGGCGCGCUUCGCCGCUGCCAACGCACUACUUCAAGUUCAUACGAAACGUGCGGUAGAGAGUGCCCUCGAGCAUUUCAACGAAAUGAUCCAGCUGUGUCGACACGACAAUCAGGGCGUUCGUGACAUCAUUCCCCACUGGUGGGCUACUGCUGACAACGUGUCGGAUGUUACGACACCAUACCUACAUCUUCCCGAGGCCGACCCUCUCGAACCUGUGGAUAUAUUCUCCUCAAAAGGAAUCAGUCUCGACCAUCUGGUGGCCUUGACACUCUUGAAGUUGCGUCUUUAUCUGGAUAUGGACGCAUGCUCUACUUUUGUCGCUGAGCUCGGUGCCCCCUCUAGUCUUUUUGACCUCUACGGCGACACAGACGACACAGAUAAACCGCGGCUUGGGCAUUAUAUUCGAAAGAAGAUGAGAGGGGUGGACAUAUACGAAUUGGAACAAACGGCGCAAAUGUUGAAGGAUCAAUAUCUCACGCUCUGCAAGCAGGUACACGAUGCGAACCCCUACAUCUGGGAAGCUUUAGUUGAUGGAGAGACACCAUCGCCCCCGCAAUAUUAUAGUAGAGGUUCCAAGGAAGAGGCAGAUUUGGUCGUGUACCAAUGUCAUCAUGCCUGGAGUGAGUCUGGAGACGCAAUGGUGAUGAUUGAUGCAGACACCGCAGCUUUUACUAGUGUGUAUCAAGGCCAAGCCGCUACUGUCAGUGGGAGAGACACAUCCUCCACGUCGUCAAGAAACCGAACAUCCCAGAUAUGGGACAAGACGCAAGGAAUUGGAAGAGCCUUUCCAUCUAAAUUUCAGUCUGUCUCUUCCCCUGGUGAGCUUUUCGUGUCGACAGUUACUGCUGGUAGCGACACCCCCCGGUUUGUUCAUCGCAAUGACCCAGCACAGGUGUUGGUGUUCGUCGACGGUGCUUGUUUCAACAAUGGACAGCAGGAACCCCGAGCUGGCUGGGCAGUGGUUUUCGGGCUCCCAACCAAUAGAAGAAUGAAUAACGGCUGCUAUACUGUGUCCGGACGACUUGAGGACAAAGGUCCGUUUGGGGGCAGCAAGACAGCGACCAGUAACCGAGCUGAAUUACGUGCGGCCAUUGCUGCCCUUCGUCUCUGCGACUGGCAAGCUGAGGACUACGCCAACCUUGUCAUCGCAACCGACUCUUCAUAUGUGGUAGAUGGUGCCACGGAGUGGACAAAAAAAUGGGUGCGGAACGGAUGGAAGAACAACACUGGCGGCGAUGUAAAAAACAGAGAUCUUUGGGAGCUAGUCCUCGGCGAGGUGGAGAGAUGGGUCGACAAAGGGUUUGCCGUUGAUUUUUGGAAGAUUCCAAGAGAGCUAAACCAGGAAGCCGACAGAGCUGCCAAACUCAUCACGCAGACCGGACCUGCGGUGGACGAGUUUAAAGAUGUCACGCUUAACUCUGGACAGUUCCGGGGCCGUAUUCUUGCGCUUUGCCUGGAGAACGAGAAUUUGUUCGACGAUUGUUUUGGAGCACUUGUCUCACGAAUCACUGCGAAGUCCCAGAUGGAACGAGCCAGGACACCAGAAGCUGCCUUUACGAUGCUUGACCAGGAACCGCGCCCAUCCGUCAUUCUCGUCACUGAUGGAGGUCUCGCACGCCAGAGAAGGGUCUGGGACCGCGUCAUUGACCACCUGCGCGAUGGUGCGACGGUUGUGCUAGCUGGCUUGUUCAGUAGUAUGGUUAAUGAGGGUGAAUUCCACAGGUUUUUUGCCAGGCUCGGCCUUCCAUGGAAAAGAGGAUCGUAUCAUCGGACGACGGUUUAUUUGAACACGAGUGCCGACGGAACUUCUCGCCAACUGCCUGCCUCAUGCAGCCAAAAGGCAACUUUUCUUCAGAACGUGGAGAGAUCGGCAACUUGGUACUCAGAGGGCACAAGAUCUGGGGAGGCCGCCGUGGCUUUCGUCAGGGUUGGGAGCGGCAGGCUUGGCUACAUUGGUGAUGUCAAUGGAGAAGAAGCUUCGGAUCAAGCGGUGCUGGCUAUGUGUGGCCUCCUGUAA